AUGGAUUCAAUCGGGGUAGGUUUAGGGAAAAUGCUGUGAAAAUUAGCUUCUGAGCACUUCGGGGAACCGAGAAAAAGAGCCAUUAAACAUGACCAAACAGGGCAGAUGGUAAGUGCCUACGUUCCUAUUUUAAUGUUCGAGUUCACCUCGGAACUACUGUUUUCAAUGUCAAAAUUUCGAUAUUUUCAGAGCAUCUUCCUACUUCUCAGCGAUAUAUUUUUCGGCAGAAUCGCUAUAUUUUUCCCACAACUUUGCCCAAUUUUUCUGAAUUUUUUUGGAAAUUGUCCAUUUUCAGCGCAUUUUGCCUAUCCUUUUUAUAAUUAUCUUCGAGCUUUGAAACCAGUUAUUCAAGCUUUUAUGUGUAUAAAUCGAAUGAGUUGUGUUAUUUGGCCUGUCGAUUAUUCUUUUGUAAGACUUCUAGAAAGUUUCAAAAAAAUCAAAAUCGUUCCAGAUGUGGUCUCAAAAUAUGCGAAAAAUCAUUUUAUCAAUUUUAUUGUUACCUUUUCUGGUAAUUUGGAACACAAUGAUCUCAGAAAAGAGUUUUGUACCAAUUCGUGGCGGAUUGGCAAUGAAUUAUAAAAGAAGAGUUUCGUGGGUGAGUUUAGAAAACUCGGGUUUUUUCAAGAAAUAUUGCCACAUCGCAAAUUUUUAACACAGAAAUCCAAAUUUUUAGGCAAGUCUAUCACUGUUUCAACUAAUUUUCAUAACAAUUUCAUUGCUCAUAACAAUAAUUUGCACUUCAAUAACAUUAUUCAAAAUGUCAACUUUGAAAACUCGCUUGAAAUCCUCGGAGAAAACACUGUGUAUUGUGUCGAUUAUUAUUUCUUGCGUAUUUUUGACGCAAGCUGCUUUACAGAGUUAUUUCGCAUUUUUUCAUCAAAAUGCUGAAAAUGCAAAUGAGAUUAUUUUGUUCGCAAUGUUUUUGGUUUAUGAUUUGCAGAAUUUUGUGUGAGUUUAUAGAGAAAGAACACUAAACAUGAUAUAAAAAUUAAAUUAAGGUUCAGCUUUGGUGAAUUUCAAAAUUCAAUAUAGUUGUCGAAAAUCUCGAAAUUAGUUGAAAAAUUAAGAAAAAUCAUCUAGAGCUACUGAAUUCUUCCAGAACUCUUGGCUCAAAAGAUUUCUGCGGAAUAUUCUAAUAAAUUAAAAUAAGUAUCUGAAAUCUCGAAAUUUCCUCAAAAUUCCGAGAAUCCAGUACAAAAUUUCUAAAAAUUUCAGAUCUCCAAUAAUUUUGCUGGCAGUCAGUCAAGAGUUGCGAAAAAAUUUGUUUGGAAAACGUGCAAAAUCCGAGAAUUUGGGAAUGAGCACAAUUUCGAAAACAAUAUCGAAUUCGAGCCAAAAAACGGCGACCACCAAUUUGGAAUUUCAUAGCAUCAAUUAA